AAUGCUACAAAUGGUGAGAUGUUAGCAGUGAAACAAGUCGAAUUACCAAAGACAAGAAGUGAUCGAGAUGAUGAAAGACAAAAGAGUGUAGUUGCAGCACUUAAAUCUGAAAUUCAUUUGAUGAGAGAUCUGGAACAUCCUAACAUUGUUCAAUACCUUGGUUUUGAGGAAACGACAGUCUAUUUGAGUAUUUUCUUAGAGUAUAUUCCUGGUGGAUCUAUCGGACGUUGUUUGAGAAGACAUGGUGCAUUUGAAUUGAAUGUGAUCAAAUCUUUUACUUCACAAGUUCUUGAAGGAUUGAAAUAUUUACACAGUCUUCAUAUCUUACAUCGGGAUUUAAAAGCUGAUAAUUUAUUGGUAGAUUUAAAUGGAAAUUGUAAAAUCUCGGAUUUUGGUAUUUCCAAAAAAUCAGAUAACAUUUAUCAAGAUAAUACACAAAUGUCAUUACAAGGUUCGAUUUUUUGGAUGGCACCUGAAGUCGUACAUAAUCCUGGAAAGAAAGGGUAUAGUGCCAAAGUAGAUAUUUGGUCGCUGGGUUGUGUUGUUUUGGAAAUGUUUGCUGGUCGAAGACCUUGGAGUGAUGAAGAAGCUAUCCAAGCUAUGUUUAAGUUGGGAGCUGAAAGACUUAGACCACCUGUACCUGAUGAUGUGAAAUUGGGUAGAAUGUCGGAUCAUUUCUUAGCUCAAUGUUUUAUCGUGGAUCCUGAAUUAAGACCUACGGCUGAUAGGUUAACUGAUCAUAGGUUUUUAGAAUUAGAUGAUAAGACUUGGAGGUUUGAACAUUCUGAAUUAUAUAGGUUUGUCUUCUACUUUGUUUUGUUUUGUUGA